AUGGGUGGUGGAGGCGGCUCAGCCUUUUCGAUCGUUCCCAACCCUGGGAGUAGAGGAGGAAAUGGUGGAGGCCUAGUGUUCUUAAAGCUUAUUAAACUGACAAUGGGGAGAUCAGCACAUAGGGGAAGUGGUGCCGGCGGUAGUGUGGUUAUCUACGCUAAAGAACUCGUAGGGAAUCCUAAGGAUGAAAUCCUGGUCUCUAGCGGAGAGCCUGUCGUAUACGCUCUUGGUGCUGGAGGAGGUGUCCGUAGGCAAAUUUCAAUAUGCAAGGCCUGGAAACGCUUGGAAACACAAGUGACGGCUAAAAGAGAUGCUUUGAACAUGGAACUUCCAACUGGGAGCAGAAAGUUUUUGUUACUAGUCAGUUUGGUGGCAACUGCUGACUUAAAAGAUGUAACCAGCCUGUCUGUGAGCUUCAAAAGGACUUCAGAUUCUGGCGUACAUUAUGGUCAGUUUGUUGGCAAUGCAUUUUCAAAGCUGAUAACUUCAUCGAUCGCUACAUUGCACGUUGCAAGUCUUGGUGAAUGCACCUUUGAAUGCAUCAAAAAUCGUGAAUGUUUUUCUGUAAACUUCGGUGAUCAAACCCAAGGAAAACACAUUUGCGAACUGCUAAACGAAGACAAAUUCAAUCGAUCGGACAAGUUUGCCCCCAGCCAUGAUUUUCACCAUUACAAUAUAAAGACGCCGUGCAUGUCAAAUCCAUGCAGAAAUGGUGGCACUUGUCAGCCGAUUUAUGACAAAGACGAUUACCAAUGCAAAUGUCCAUUUAAGAACCUGAGUGGAAAAAACUGUGAAGAUUUGUUAUGCAACGAUGAAACCCUAGACAUCUGCACACAAGUGAUGAUAUCAUGGGAGGUGAAGUCUGCUGAAUCAAACAAAGUCGUUUUAAACAACUGUAAGGAUGCUGACAAAAUUCAACGCGGAGAUGAAAUUAUUUUUAUCGCAACCAGAGGGAAUCUAAGCAAUCAUGGCAAAUACGAGAUCAUGAAGGUGAACAACAUUACUGGCUGUGAUCUCACAUUGACCAAAGCCUUUACUCAGCCUGUUAAGUCCAGUGACAGUUACACCAUCGCCCAAUUAUUUCCAACGUUCAAAAAUGUCACCCUCUGGAACAAGUGUGUUCUGACAUGUCGAAUGCAAGACAGUGGUCAUGGAGGGAUACUGGCUCUGAGAGCAAAAACGUUCAGCAUCGAUGGAACUUCAGUGUUAUCAACCACUGGUCUAGGAUUUCGUGGUGGGCAAGGCGGUGACUCACGGGGUGGGGGCGGGUAUGGUGGCGAGUCUUUCUUGUACCUUCAGACGGGAACCAAUGGGAAAGGAGGAGAUAUUAGUGGAACUUUGUGGGGCAUAAACACAAAUGGACUUGGAGGGGGAGGUGGAGGGGAUGGUGAUGCCUCACGGGGUGGACCUGGAGGAUACAACUCUGGAGGGGGAGGAGGUGACUCAACAGUUAAUAGUGAUGAUGGCGCAGGUGGAGGAGGAGGCGGUGGACAUUUUUCUGGUGGUGGGGGUGGUGGUGCCGGAACUGGUUGUGGCGGUAAGGGAGGUACAGGAGGAACAGCUUCAACUGUUAUAAAUGCGUUCGCUGGUGGUGGAGGGGUGGCAGCCUGUACAGCCGGGAAUGGUGGAAAUGGAGGUCAGCAGGGUCAGCCUGUUCAAGGGGACUGUGCUUCAGCUCGCAGCGGAACAGCAGGGACUGGAAAUAGAGGGGGCGAAGGAGGUGACUCGUCGUGUCAUCCUGCUUAUGGUGGGGGAGGAGGAGGAGGUGGAAUGCAGUUUGGCAACAUAGAUUUCACCAAACGACUAAGCUACGGUGGAGGAGGGGGUGGUGGAGGUGGCUCAGCAUUUACAGAUGAUACCAACUUGGGGGGGAGGGGAGGAAAUGGAGGUGGCUUGGUGUAUCUUCUUCUUGAGGAGAUUACCUUGGAGGGGAAAAUUGAAUCGAAAGGACAAUCAGGGGAAUGCCUCAACGUGAAGGCACAUAGAUCAGCUCCCGGGGGGAGUGGUGCGGGUGGAAGUGUCGUCAUCAUUACAAAAUCAUUACAUGGCAAUCCGAACAGCAAAAUUCAAGUUGACGGUGGUAUCCCUGUGAAUUGUGCUUUUGGAACUGGAGGAGGUGGCGGGGGAGGUGUAGGCCGCUGGCUGAUAAAAACACAAGACUCACUUUUAAAUUCUGGACAGUGAACCGUAAAAUAAACACAGCUG